AUGGCUUCAACUGUCGGGGCUUUGCUGGCCCAAGAUCCAACAAACUCCGUCCAGAACACAGGCUACACGUCAAGCACGAACAAGGCAUGGACCGAAGGGUACCAUCCAAUCAAGAACAUGACGGUACACACGAAAGCCUGCGGGGAUGGACUAACAUACGCAAACUUCGAGACCGCUUUCUUGCCCCUCUAUGAUGACGACCGAGUGCGCAUGGGCACGGCUGCUUUUCCUCCGAAUGGCAGGUCAUGGCGGAUGGGAAGCGAGGCCGACGUCGAAUUAUGGUUCCACACCGAGAUAUCAAACGUCGUGCUCGCAGCCUGGAAUCACCACCCGACGGUGGUCCAAACCUCGCAUUCGAAGCCUCCAUCGGAGAAGAACAUGCCCGAAGAGGUCGAUGCAACGUAUUCGUUCAAGUCCAACCAGCACAGGGUUGCACUUGUCAUUGGGGAGAUGAAGCGGAACCUUGUCGACGCGGAUAAGUGGCAGUGCGGGAGAAUACCGUCAAGCGGGCCUCAGGACAGGCUGUCCCGAGAACUUCGGGGGUAUGUCCGAUUCCAUGCAUCCACCGGUGUGAAGCCAACUCCAAUCAGAUAUGCACACAAGUACGAAUGCCCGCAAGUAUUCUGCUUCGACGGGGACACGCUUCUGCUUCUUCAGUUUCGCGCCAACAGCCGGGCCGAGCUGAAACAUGAGCGCUGCCCAGUCGACUGCUGGGUGCUUCCGCGAGAGAAUAGCGGCACCCCUCUGCGGUACGCACUCUAUAGGCUUCUGGCGCAAGGCUUCCGUCGAUUCCAGGGCGGUGUUGCCCUCGAUGGGUUCUCAUCCGACUUGCGCCAGUUCUACAACGGCCGACCUCUCUGGACGCUUGGUGACGUCGCAACUUCCCAGCAUCCCAAUGGGUAUGCCCGCUCCGUUCACGUUGCCACGGGAGCUUUCAUGUGGACGCACCCAAGCGGUACGGAUCCGAUAUGGGAAACGGGAAGCAUUUGGGGGUAG